CCGGUUCACGUCUGCGUUUGCUAAGAGUAUGCUAGAGGUUGAAUUGUUGUGUUUUAACAGCGUCAUUGAAAGCUAUAAAUGUGCGGAAUGCGGCGUGAAUAUAUGUUUUAAUAAUAGUAGUAUUAAUAAGCAAACCGGGAACUUUUUACAAGGCAGUCUGGACUAACCAGCUGCAGAUUAUUAUUAUUAUUAUUAUUAUUAUUAUUAUUAUUAUUAUUAUCAUUAUUCUGUAGAGAUCCCGCAGGUCUGUGCUCUGGGCUCCAUAUAUUUUAGUUCUACAUUAAUUCAGAAGUUUAAUCUUCACCUCCAGUGUCAUAAACAUGCAGAGUGUUUUAUUUACUCGGUGUUUUGCUACUGUUUUGUCUCGUUCACAACAAGGCAAAUCCAACCUGCUCUGUUUAUCCAGAAACAUUUCAUCGCGACAAGCUAACCACCUCGAAAGGACAGCUAGUGUUUACAGACAAAAGGCCAUGUUCUCAGCCCGAGUUUGUGCCAUUACAGAUGAGUCAGACACAGUGAAGAGGCUGCAGCUGGAGGUGCCACAUCCUGAAUUUAGUUUCCGUGCUGGUCAGUGGGUGGACUUUUUUAUCCCAGGUAUGGAGACAGUGGGUGGCUUCUCAGUGUGCUCCAGCCCCGGCCUUCUGCAGAGAGAAGGGGUUAUUGAGCUGGCAGUGAAAUACACACAGCACCCACCUGCACACUGGAUACACACCAAGUGUGCGUUAGGCUCACACGUGGAAGUGCGAGUCGGGGGGGAUUUUUAUUUUGACCCCAUGCCGUCUGAUCAUACAGUGGAUCUGCUUUUGCUGGCUGGUGGAGUGGGUAUAAACCCCCUUUACUCCAUCCUAAUGCACUCGGCAGAUCUGCUCCAACUGCCACAUGCGUACAAACCCGGACACACGCACCUCUGUUACACCGCCAAGAACACCAAGGAGCUGCUGUUCAAAAACAGCAUCAUCAGUGUUUGUCAAGAAUUCCCAGAUAAAUUCUCAUGUGACUUCAGAGUAACGCAGCAAGAUUUUGAAAUCGAGUCUGAGCUGCAGUCUUACACAACCAGUGGAAAAAUCUCCCAGGAGGAGUUGAGGUGUCGCGUUAACCCCGAGCGCACAUUAUGUUAUCUGUGUGGGCCACCACCUAUGAUCGAGAGUGUGAGUUUAGACCUGCAAAGUCUUGGUCUGUCCACGAAUCAAAUCCUUUAUGAGAAGUGGUGGUAGAUCUCCAGCCACCAAGUGUCUCUGUGGCACGAAAGAAGACCUCAAGAUAUCGGUUUUAUUUUUUAAAAUGUGCAGUUUAUAAUCUUUACUUGUGCAAUGCAGUUUACUCCUCUACAAAUAUCAUACUAUGCUAAGCUGUUACUCAGAUAUGCAAAUACUGUUCUAUCAAAUAUGGUUGUUCAAAAAAAACCAACAGAUUUUUAUUUCUUAUUAAAAGGAUGAUUUUAUAAUACAUUUAAAUGUAAGCAUCUCUUUUUGUCCUGAUCUAAAGAAUUACUGCACCUAUAACAUUUCAUUAUUUAUUAUUAAGUUUUUCGUGUAGCAUCAACGAAGACUUUCAUACAAACUGCUAACUAUAAUGCGAAUCCUGCUGAUAUCCCAAUGCACUCAUAUGUAAAUAAAACAUUUUAAUGCGUCAAAACAUCAAA